UGCGUAAACCAAGGGAUAUCAGCCUCUUUCUCUCUUUCACUUUCUUAUCGUUGACUCUGUACCGCAAGGUUCCGGUCCAUUAAAGACCCCAACAAGCUUCAACAUCAUGAAGUGAGUUCAUACUGGAGAGAAACCAUAUAAAUGUGACGUGUGUGGAAAGGCCUUUAGUCGAAAAGCAAGGUGUACGGUUCAUCAGACCCUUCGUACUGGAGAGAAACUGUAUACAUGUGAAGUAUGUGGCUGUGGCUAUAUUUGAAAAUCACACCUUGGAAUUCAUUGGAGAGUUCAUACUGGAGAGAAACCAUAUAAAUGUAAUGUGUGUGGCAACUGCUUUAAACAGUGUACAUACCUUCAACAUCAUCGGUGAGUUCAUACUGCAGAGAAACCAUAUAAAUUUGAUGUGUGUGGAAAGACCUUUACUCGCAAAGAAAGCCAUGCACUUCAUCAGACCCUUCAUACUGGAGAGAAACCAUAUAUAUGUGAUGUAUGUGGCCAUGGCUAUACUCAAAAGUCAACAUUUGUAAUUCAUUGGAGAAUGCAUACUGGAGAAAAACCAUAUAAAUGUGAUCUAUGUGGCAAGGCCUUUACUCUAAAUUCAAAGCUUGUAGUUCAUCAGAGAGCACAGACUGGAGAGAGACCAUAUAAAUGUGAUCUGUGUGGAAAGGCCUUUAGUCAAAAAGCAAGGUGUACAGUUCAUCAGACCCUUCAUACUGGAGAGAAACCAUAUACAUGUGAAGUAUGUGGCUGUGGCUAUACUCAAAAGUCAAAACUUGUAAUUCAUUGGAGAAUUCAUACUGGAGAGAAGCUGUAUAAAUGUGAUGUAUGUGGCAAGGCCUUUAGUGUAAAUGCAAGGCUUGUACUUCAUCAGAGAGUUCAUACUGGAGAGAAACCAUAUAAAUGUGAUGUGUGUGGCAAGGCCUUUAGUGUAAAUGCAAGGCUUGUAGUUCAUCAGAGAGUUCAUACUGGAGAGAAACCAUAUAAAUGUGAUAUGUGUGGAAAGGCCUUUAGUCGAAGUUCAGGCCUUGUAGUUCAUCGGAGAGUUCAUACUGGUGAGAAACCAUAUAAAUGUGAUGUAUGUGGACAGGCCUUUAGUCAAAAUUCAAAACUUGCAUUUCAUCAGAGAAUUCAUACUGGAGAGAAACCUUACAAGUAAAACAAUUGGGACAAACAUUUUAGUGCACAGUCAUCCUUAAAUUGCCAUCAGGCAGUUCAUACAGGAGGAAAAGUGUAGAAAGGUUAUUUAUGUGGCAAAGUCUUCAGUUCCAGGUCUCUGCAGUUCAUUGGAAACACAUUGGAGAGAAACCAUAUAAAUAAUCAUCUAUGUGGCAAGGCCUUUAGUCAAACAGCAAGCCUUGCAUUUCAUCAGAGAAUUCAUACUGGAGAGAAACCAUAUAAAUGUGAUCUCAGUGGCAAGGCCUUUAAAUGCAAACCUUGCAGUUCGUUGGAGAAUUCAUACUGGAGAGAAACCUUACAAAUGUAACCAUUCUGACAAACGUUUUACUGCACAGCUAGCCUCACCAUCAUGCAGUUCAUACAGGAUAGACAGCAUAGAAAUGUGAUGUAUGUGGGCAGUGCUCGAAAUGAUCAUCUGAGAAAUCAGAUAAUUCAUAGUGGAGAAAAAUGUUACAAAUACAACAACUAUGAGAAACAUUUUAGUGCAGAUGUAAUGAGUGUAGCAAAGCAUUUAGUCAGAGUUCAGGCCUUAUAAUUAACCAAAGAAUUCAUACUGUAUAGAAACCAUACAAAUGAAAGAAAUACGGUAAAGCUUCUAGUUCAUGUUCAGCCUCAGCUGACCAUUGGGCAGCUCAUACAAGAGGGAAACCACGUAAGUGGAAUUUGUAUGACAAACCCUUCGGUCAUAAAGUAUAUCAACUUUUUGACCCUCAGAAAAGUCAAAAGAGAGGAAACCGCAGGGAUGUGGUAGGUGGGGCAAAGCUUUGGUUCUGUGUUCAGACAUAACUAACCAUCACGUAAUUAAUUCUGAAUGGAAAUCUUACCCACAUGGUGAAUGUGGUAAGUCUUUUGGAAGGCAUUCAGUUAUUUACAAAACAUGAGAAAAUUCAUACUGGUGAGAAUCCAUACAUUUAGAGCAGUCUGUCCCUCCAAUCUUUGGAGGAAAUCAUGUAAAUAUACUGUGUGUGGUCAGGGCUUCAAUAACAGGUCUCGUCUUUCCCAUCAGCAGAGAAUUCAUAAUGCAGAGACACAAAUAUAAGAGUGUGGCAAAUCCUUCAGGUGGCAUUCAGGCCUCAAAAGACAUCAGGUGAUGGACUGGAGAGACCAUCUGAAUGCAAUCAGUAUGUCCAGGCUUUUGUCAGGUGUUUACACCUUAGGCUUCUUGAGAAUAUUCACACUGGAUAGAAAUUAUGUCAAUGUAAUGAGUGUGUCAGGGCUUUUAGACAAUAAUCCUAAGUCAGGAUUCAGUAAAGAAGUCAUUCUGGAGAGAAAGCUUACAAGUGACAUGAGUGUGUAAAACCUUUACUUGGGCUCACAUUGCACUAGCCAUCAGAUGAUCCGUACUAGAGAGAACCUUACCAGUGUGCAGAAUAUGGCAAGACCUUUAGGUACUGCCUUAAACUCAGGAUUCACAACAUACUUUAUACUUUGGCAGUUUUAUACUUUAGUUUAUGCUUUCUGGAAGUUUUCACAGUUACUGCUCACUCUUUAGGUGUGUAAGAAUAUAUAUCCUGGAGUUACACCACACAAAUGUAAUAUUUGCGGGAAGGAUUUUACCAAACAUCCAAGUUCGGGAACAUUCUGGAACAAUGCUCAAAUGCAAUGGGAGUGGGAAAAUUUUCACCUUGAGUUGAAGUGUUAGACAGGACUCCAUAGUGAAGAGGAGUCUUGGAAAUGGACAGGCAAGGGCUUUCUGGAGGGUUCAGAGUACACUAGACUUUAGAAUAUAUGUCUUUCCAAGAAACCACACAAAAGUAAUGUGCACACUGAAGCUUUAACUCAAAAGAUCAAAACUGUGGAAUGUGAGAGGAUAUAUAUGGAAAGCAGACUUGGACAGAUAAUGUAUAUUGUGUAGUCUGUUCCAUGAAAUAUUCACACCAUGGGCGUAAUGAAGUGAUUCAUGUGUGUCAGAAACUGUACACUAUACCGAAUUUGGAAACGUGUUUAAGAAAACAUUUCUUCAAGAUUUCCCCCCACCCCGAAAAUUCAUAUUGGAGAGAAUCCUUACAAUUGUAAUGACUUUGGCCAUCUUUUGUGACAGUUCUCACAGCAGAUCAUAGAAGAGAGAAUUCAUUUGAGGAAUAAAUCUUCAGUUCUCCAGCACUAACUUAUGAUAUUACAGCAGAAUAAUUAAGUAUGUUGAAACUUAAUCACAUGUGUGGUAAUGGCCCAUUAUCUUCAGUGUGUGUUUAAUCACUUGAAUUUUCUUGGGAACGUCACAUUAUUGUUCUUUAUUUCCUGAAAGUUUUAAAUUCUUAUAGCUUUCUUAGAGACUUUCAUGAUGGUCUCUGCAAAGAAAUCAGUAAGAUGAAGUGGCUGACUUCACUAGGUGUGGUUCAUUUAUAUCUAUCUAUCCUGGUAAAACAGGAACACUAAGAUAUCACAUUCAAUGGUGUGUGAAUUAGGAUCAGCGAGGGACAGAGAACCAUGUAAAACCGUGACAUGACUCAGCAUGCUCUUUAUGUUCAGGGCGUCCUUCUGUACACAGGUCACCGUGGUUAAAGGACUGAAUGCUCUACCAUCUGACCAUGCCAAGAGCAGGCUGGACAUUGAGGGGCUUGGGCUUUUCAUGGGAGGGCAGUUGACAGGUUACUGGGGACUGAUUGUGUGGGAGAAAUAGUACCAGGGAAAUGGUGGUCCUUUUCUCCCUUAACUAGCAAUUGCUAUUGUAUGUAAAUGAUUAAUGGAAACUUAUUCUUGGAAAUUGAAGAGAGCAGUUUUCUUGAAAAAUGUUAAUCAAAAGAACCAGAAAGAGGAUGGGUGUGUAUCUGCUUCAUCAUUACCUGCUGCCAUUUACAGUGUGCCUCUGUGUUAUUCAGAAUCAUAAGUCUUGUGCGCUAAUAAAGUUUGUAUCAUUGUUUCCAUAA